CCGGCCCCGCGCAAAGCGGCAAUAGCACACUCUACGCCUGGACAGCGCUCGUCACUCCGCGUAUUUGGCAGCCUAGACCACGCGCGAGGACGCCUCCUGACCAGGAAGCGCCCCAGCGGCAGCCCCAGUGAGCCAUGGGCUGCCAGACAAGCAAGCCAGAGGAUGUGCAGCCGCCGCCAACGCCGCCCGCCGACGCGGAUAAAGCCAAGUCGCCCCCAACGCCUCAAACCGCGCCCGCGGACGAGCCCGCUGUCGUCCUCGAGGACGCCUUCGGGCCCGCGCCGGCCUCGACGCCUUCGGGCUUCGCGCGCGCGUUGGGAGUUGCCCAGGAUCCAGCGUCACCGCCGCCCGCCCCGACGAGCACACGCGGGCGGUCCCUCAGCCCGUCCUCCUCGCGAGGGGACCUCGUCGAGGACGGGAAAACGGCGUCGCCGCCGUCCACGCCGCUACCGCCGCGCACGGACCCGCCGAGCCCGACGUCCGCCGGGAGCUUGCAAGCGCCGGCGUUCUGCGUGGACGAUGACGUGACGACACCAAUAAAACUGCCGCCGCAGCCGGAGGUCGCGUCGCCCUUCGACCCCGCGCGGCCGCGGCGACCGCCGACCGUGGAAUGCGACGCCGACGCGGCAGCACGAAACGUGCAGGCGCUUCUCGCGGCGCUAGGCACGCCGACCAAACGAGUUGCGACGAAGCCGCCGCCGGCGCCCGACGACGAUACGACUCGGUUCGCGCGGCAGGCCCUCGAGGCAUCCGGCCGCGACUCCGAGGACGCGUCGAGCGCCGCGAAGGCCCUGGCGACGCAUGGGUCGGGCCUGGCGGACGGGCUUGCUCUACUGAGGAAGUGUUAAAAUCAUAAUUAGCGAAACACGG